GCAAACCAGCAGAGGGGCGUAUUAAAAAAAUCACUGGCAGCGCGCUGCAACAGAAAACAGCCUGUAUAGCAUGCCCAUAGUAUAGGAGUGUGGAUUGACUGCGGUUUGGUUUACACCCUUUGGACACGGUGAGGAACGGGACGCACUUGGAGCUUGGAUUGGAUAGCUGCUGGUUUUAAACUGCGCAGAACUCAGCCCAGAAUUAUCACCACCACGCCUAUAUUCGCCACUAAUGGACGGAUAAUGUUCGUGGUUGAAAAGGAUAACUAUUCAAACUAGAAAGGAUUAUUUUGGGGGGAUCCACUUCUUGGCGGUUGGAUGGUGUGCGAAAGGUAGCCACACCAGCAAGUUCACUCUCUACGCAAAUUCAAAAUGACAAUUUUUGGAUAGGGGAUAGCCUAUGUAAUGCAUAAGGGAUCAUUUGUGUCCAAAGCAUCAAAACCCAGGAGUGCUGCAUACCACAGAUGAGAGAGAAGGGAACGAGGUUUGAUUCUGAAGUAUUCGUGUAAACAGUGGAGAAUGCAGUGGGGGAAACACGGGUCUGGAACUGGGCUGCACGUUUCUUGAUCGUGGAGAGGACCUGGAGUGCAACAAGCAAUAGCCUACAUUUCUAUAACAUACUAAAUUGUGCGCAAGAAAAUUGUCCCGCUGUUAUUUAAAUACUUUUCUCAUGGGUAGUGUUAUUCAGUCGCCCUGGCAGCAUUUGGAUAAUUAACUUUGGAGAUCCAUGCCAACAUAGAAGGAGCAUAGUUCAAGGGGAUACCACAGGAAACCUUGCUGAAUGGACCUUUAACUUUGGUUUGGUUUAACGUUAUCCUUUUUACACAGCGAAUCCGGACUCGCUUUUUGGCACAUUUGAAGAACGCUCUCCACCGAGGCUGGUCUGAUGUAAUUCAAAAUAAACAAAAUCAACCUAACCUGAUCCCAAACACAAACUUUAGACAGAUUGUAUUUUAUUACGUCCUACCCCCCCUUUCCCAUUAAAAGUGUACUUCUGAACCUCGAAGUGGCUCCGAAGUGGUGUUGUGACUCCUCGCCCGCAGCGGAUCCGGAGCUUGGAGUGUCUGUAGCGGGAGGAGUUGGCGGCGGACCCCCUGUCACACAGCAGGGACCCAAGACGGGUAGGGUGAAAAAGAUGGUUCGAUUGGCGGCAGAACUGUUGUUGCUUUUUGGACUUCUACUUCUUACCUUACACAUUACGGUGUUAAGGAGCAGCCCGCUGAAUCAAGGGAAUUUAACUUUGAGCCAGGAUCAGCAGUAUACAGUGAUUGCAGAGAAUAAUGUCAGAACAGAGAGCAGUUUGUUAGCCCAGAAGGGUCCAGGGAAGCGGAGAGGAUCAGAGCCCCAGUCAGCCCAGAGGCCUGCUGCCCUCCCCUGGGCCCCGAGUCAGGCUACCGGAGGCAGCCUGCAGAGAGACAGGCCUGGGGCCUUCCUCCUGGACCUCAGCAACUUCCCUGACCUCUCCAAGGCUGAUAUAAACCGACAGAACCCAAACAUACAGGUGACCAUAGAGGUGGUGGACGAUCUAGACGGGGCGGAGCAUGAGAAAGGCCUGAAGAAGGAGAACAAACCAGGUUUGGCCGCUCCCAACUGGAGAAACUGGUGGCAAACCACCUCUUCAUCCACCUCCUCUUCUUCUUCGGUCUUGACCCCACGUCGACCCAAGGAGCAGGCUAGGGAGCAGCAGCCCACCUACAGAGGAGGAGUAGCAAGUGGCAGUAACACAGAGGAUAGUAACUUCCUAAAACCACUAGGGGGCUGGGAGAGGAGAGGAGGCGCAGGAGGAGGACGUGCCAGCAAGGUUCAGGCUGAAUAUGACUAUAUAGAUGGAGACGGUGGCUGGAGUAACUGGUCUCCAUGCAGUGUAACCUGUGGGAACAGGAACCAGAAGAGGACCAGGUCAUGUGGUUACGCCUGCAGCGCCACAGAGUCACGCACCUGUGACAUGCCACCCUGCCCAGGUAUUGAAGAUGCGUUCAAGACAGCCGCCACUGAGGUCAGUCUGCUGGCUGGAACCAAUGAGUUCAACGCUACAGAGCUCUUUGGUGUCGACACAGACAGCUGUGAACGCUGGAUGAACUGUAAGUCUGAGUUCCUGAAGAAAUACAUGACCAAGGUCUCCAACGACCUCCCCAGCUGCCCCUGCUCCUACCCCACCGAGGUGGCCUACAGCACGGCCGACGUCCCCGACCCCACCACACACCGGGACUUCCGCUGGAAAGACGCCAGCGGCCCCAAGGAGAAACUAGAGAUCUACAAACCCACGGCCCGGUACUGCAUCCACUCUAUGUUAACUCUAGAGUCCACUACUCUGGCCGCACAGCACUGCUGCUACAAUGACAACAUGAAGCUCAUCACCCGGGGUAAAGGAGCAGGAACACCCAACCUCAUCAGCAAUGAGUUCUCUGCUGACCUCCACUACAAGGUCGACGUCCUGCCCUGGAUCAUCUGUAAGGGGGACUGGAGUCGCUAUAACCAGGUCAGGCCUCCUAACAACGGGCAGAAGUGCCCAGACAACCCCCUGGAUGAGGAUUACCUCAAACAAGUUGAGGAGGCAUGGGAGUUUUAGAGCUGGAGAGAUGAACAUAUUAAGGGAAAAAACAUAUGAAAUAUUUGUAUGAAUCUUGUACUUCAAUUGCUGCUUCAAACCAUCCAAGGCUAGAGUCUAAAUGAACAGGUCUGUCUGUUGAUAUCAGCCAACGUGAUAAAGAGACAACGUAUUGCUCACAUGGACACAUCAUUGUCCUCAACAGAGACUAUGGACUUUAUUUUAAUAAAACCUAACUCAAUGGUAAAUCUAACCACUGUCGCUAGGGCUACAGGUUCGGGGGCGUGUCAGAAAUAUUUUUGGCUAUUUUCAUAACCAGAAUUAUUGUCUCAGUAGCAGGAGGUGGUGCAUAAGGGCUGGGUUUUGAUAGCAGGCGGUGGUGCAUAAGGGCUGGGUUUUGAUAGCAGGCGGCGGUGCAUAAGGGCUGGGUUUUGAUGGCAGGCGGUGGUGCAUAAGGGCUGGGAUUUGAUGAAUAAACAAGUUGAUGCUACAGAAUGUCGAAGGCUUGUUGACUCCUCACUGGCCAAUCAGAAUGGGCUCCAUGCUAAAUUAUGUGGUUUCUUCAAGCUGUGUAUUUAUGGUAUUUUAUGUAUUGUCAUUAACUCCAAUGUUCGUCCGUUAUAGUUUGUUAAAGAGCCUACAGAAACAAAACAUACUAAACAUAGUACAUUUGUAGUAAAUGUUUUUGAACAGUAAUUGCUUCAAUAUGCAAAUAUAUUGUUAACAUAGCAUUCACACUGAUAUACAGAGAACGUAUGUGAACCCUUUGAAUGACCUGGAUUUCUGCAUAAAUUGGUCAUAGAUUUGAUCUGAUCUUCAUCUAGGUCACAACAAUAGACAAACACAGUCUGCUUAAACUAAUAACAUACAAAGAAUGAUACGUUGUCAUGUCUUUAUUAAUCACAAUGUGUAAACAUUCACAGUGGAGGGUGGGGAAAAGUAUGAGACCCUUUGUAUUUAAUAACUGGUUGACCCUCCUUCGGCAGCAAUAACCUCAACCAAACAUUUUCUGUAGUUGCAGAUCAGACCUGCAAAACGGCCAGGAGGAAUUUUGGACCAUUCCUCUUUACUCUUAACCUCCUUACCAUCAGCCAAACACAGUAUCAUAACACGACCUCCUUACCAUCAGCCAAACACAGUAUCAUAACACAGUCUCCUUACCAUCAGCCAAACACAGUAUCAUAACACAGUCUCCUUACCAUCAGCCAAACACAGUAUCAUAACACAGCCUCCUUACCAUCAGCCAAACACAGUAUCAUAACACAGCCUCAUUACCAUCAGCCAAACACAGUAUCAUCAUAACAGUCUCCUUACCAUCAGCCAAACACAGUAUCAUAACACAGUCUCCUUACCAUCAGCCAAACACAGUAUCAUAACACAGUCUCCUUACCAUCAGCCAAACACAGUAUCAUAACACAGUCUCCUUACCAUCAGCCAAACACAGUAUCAUAACACAGUCUCCUUACCAUCAGCCAAACACAGUAUCAUAACAGUCUCCUUACCAUCAGCCAAACACAGUAUAAUCACAACACACCCUCCUUACCAUCAGCCAAACACAGUAUCAUAACAGUCUCCUUACCAUCAGCCAAACACAGUAUAAUCACAACACACCCUCCUUACCAUCAGCCAAACACAGUAUCACAACACAGUCUCCUUACCAUCAGCCAAACACAGUAUCAUCAUAACACAGCCUCCUUACCAUCAGCCAAACACAGUAUCAUCACAACACAGCCUCCUUACCAUCAGCCAAACACAGUAUCAUCACAACACAGCCUCCUUACCGCCAGCCAAGCACAGAGCCUUCAUUUGUAUGAUAUAUGCCUCUGUAAUGAUCAAUGUAAUGAUUAAAAGUAAAACUGUAUAAUGGA